AUGGAUAUCGACUAUGAUCCCGCGCUGCUGCGCUCGUCGCGAAAACACUCGCGAAGUAGUGACCUCGACGAUGAUGUAUCUGAUUGGAGCUCUGAUAUCUCCGGCCGAUUUGACGACGCUGCCGAGGAACCUGAACUAGAAGACUACAGAUCCUCUGAAGAAAAACCGGCCAAAAGACGCCGUUCCAACGAUUGGCCUCUUCCAGAACAGGCGGCAGAUUAUGGGCACCAGACCCGUCGAGCCGGUCGCGGCGGAUACGCACUGGACGGGCCUGGUGCCGGUGCCGGCUACAAAGGCUCUCCACGGGCGUCGCCUCGAGCUUCACUGGCUUCUCUUCGGGGUCGAACCGCCGCGGCAUUGACCAGCAGCCCGCGGGUUCGAUUGGGGCGGCGGUCGCGAUUUGUCGAGGCGAAUAUGUCGGAUAGCAUCAGCGAAGAACCACCGAGCAUUUUUGUGCAAGAGACCAAGCCCACGGGGCCUCGACAUCGUCCGUCGGGGAUCUUUCGGUUCGGCAAGGCGAUAGCUUCAGCAUUCAAUCCCUUUGGUGCAUGGAGCCGCCCGAAUCCACCGCCUCCCAAGGAUGCCCUGACUCGAGCCGAAGAAGCGUACGCGGAGCUCAAGAGAGCCGGUUAUCAGGGCACAAACAAGGGAUCCUACUUGCAGAGUCAGGCCAGCCGUGCCUCGUCCGCCGCUACAACGCGUUGCGCGGUCGAUCCCAACCAUGCAGAUCAGACGUGGCAUGCCCUGUCAAGCAAAUUCAACUGCGGCGCAGAUGGAUCAGUAGUGACUGGUCACGCCAGCGACCGAGACGAAUUCCCCACCCCCUCCAGAUCUACAUCAAAGUCCUCCAAGCGAUCGUCUUUCCAGGAGCUGCGAUCCAUUGGUAUUCCAUUCGUCCGAUAUCACGACCCGUCCUCUGCCACCUCCGUCUAUCAAGAGCGAACGUCGGAGGAAUCCGUGGAUAAUACCACCGGUCUGCGCAAGCAAAGGUCUCGCAAAGAAAUCUCGCGCCAAACCAAACUGCUCAAGAAGGUGAGCAACCUCGAAGACAAGCUGGAGCGAGCCCGACGUGAACUUCGGCAGCUCUCCGGCAACGAGGAAAGGAUUCCGUCCACGACACCCGAUCAAAAGUCGGCCAGUUUCGACAUGGAUCCGGCUAGUUACCCUCGGAGAUUCGUACCUGGUGCAUUGCCGACCUUACCAUCCGAAAGACUUCUUGAUCAGCACGCCACAGACGUCGAUCACCCCGACGCCCGUCCGUCCGAGAUAACCGCUCUGCCACCCGUGGAGGAAAGAGAGAACUUUUCACCAGGUCCAUCACGGGGUGCAUCCAGCAAGACCGUGUCCAGAUCGCCGAGCAGACAGCACGGCGAGGUCCGGCAACCGUCCAUGAGUAAGACCAGCACCUCCCGCAAGAGGAAGUCCCCCGAUCCUGAACAUUUCGAUAGCCGGCAUUCGAAGCCCCGUGAGUCCGAUCCAUCGCACCGCCUCGAACGCGACACCCAUCGUGACAGCGACUCCCCGCUGAAGAACGACCGUCUCGACGACGGACUGAUCGAUUUCACGCUCAGCCCUCCGCGCCGGGCCAAAUGGCAGAAAAACGAAGCUGGAGACAGCCCGCGGUCGGUUGAGCGCAAGCGGCACGCCGACCGCGACGGUCCCAACUCGAUUCACCACGACAAAUCACCCAUCUCCAAGUCUCAAGUCUCAUCUCCAGCUCCAGUCGCUCGCUCACCCCAUUUCCAGUCCGUGCGAUCGCCUGCCCCGACGACCGGUCCCACCUCCCUCUCCCGUGGCCCAUCCAGUCUGCGCUUCACGUCUCCCGCCAGCACAACUAGGACCAUCCCCGAAUCCCCCGCCGUGGCAUACGACGACGUAUUCUCAUCAUCCCCUGCUUUCUUGGAAAUGCCUCAUACAUUCUACCUUCAAUCACACUCGCCGUCGGCACGACAGCAGCGAUAUCCCCCCGUCCCACCCCUGCCCAAGGAACUCUUAUUGCAGAAUCAAUCCCAAGUCCAUGGAUCCCCCACAAAGCGAAUGACCCCGACAGAUCCGUCAUUCGUCGAUGUCAAGGACGACAAGGAGCUCCCGGAGCAAGGGAGUCUGGCGCAGAGCCCUCGUCUGUCAUUCUUGGAAAACUAUCCAUGGCCGGAAGAUAUCUUUUGA